AAUUAAGAGCAGAAUUCUAAUUAACUGUGCUCUGCAUCUCUUAGCCUCCUGAUUCAGUUGGUUCUCUCUUCGCCUCAAGCUUCUUUUAAUCAGAGAAUUAGCGUCGGUGGCGGAGAGCUUAGGUUCGUCGGUGAAGAUGGAGGCUCCUGAUAUGACAUUGAUGGAAAGCCGACCGGGAGUUUUUGUCGUCGGAUCCUCCGGCGUGGGCAAGCGCACCCUCCUCUCUCGAUUGCUCUCUGCCGAUUUUGAGGAUUCAUCGGAGUCACCAUCUCAAACAGAAGUUCAUGGCUGGACGAUUAACACUAAGUAUUACGCUGCGGAUGUUUCUGUAUGGAUAUCACAUAUUUGCGCCGACUACUCUCUGCCCAAUCUUCCUCAGUCACAUCCACUGGUGGCGUUAGUUAUGGUCUUCGACUUGAGUGAGCUGUCAACUCUUGUUGCUCUUCAAGACUGGGUUUCUCAUACUGACAUCAGCAGUUUUGAUAUAUUGUUGUGCAUUGGGAACAAAGCAGAUCUAGUCCCUCAUCACCUAGCUCAUCAUGAAUAUAGAAGACGUCUUUUGAAGGCAACAGACUCCUCUAGAAAUCUGUAUUCAGACAUUGAUGAGUUUGGGAUCUCAGAAAGUGAAGGAAGUAGGUUGUUGGGGAGCGAAGAGGGUACAUCAUUGGAUACCAGAGGAACAUGUCUUGAGUGGUGUUGUGAGAACAACAUCGAGUUCGUUGAGGCUUGUGCAUCUAAUCCUGAUUUUGACAAGUGUUUAUCAGUCGAUGGGGACUCUCAAGGAGUUGAACGUCUAUUUGGUGCUCUUUCGGCACAUAUGUGGCCCGGAAUGAUUCUGAAAUCGGGUGAUAAAAUAAAUGAACCGGUGUUACCUCAUGGAGAAGAGUUGUCAGAAGAAGAUUCUGAAUAUGAAUUGGAGUAUGAAGUGCUAUCAGCAGGCUCAGCUGACCCAUGGGAAAAUAUCGUGGAAAGAUGGGUUUCCGCAAGUGAAACGCAUUCAUACGCAGAUGCCGGCGGAUCCACGUCACAAGAAAAUCUCGAGGUAGAAAAUAAUAUGUUGAAACUAAAGAAAGUUGUGGACGAAGAGCUGCGGCCUUCAGGGUCAAGGCCACAGAAUGAGACUGGCAGAGCAGCAGUAACAGAUGAAAAACUUUUGGACACAGAAAACGACAAAUGUUAUGAGUUUGAAGACGUGGAACAGUUGAUGUCAGAAAUAGGGAACAUCCGUGACAACUUGCGAUUGAUGCCCGAUUUCCAGAGGAGAGAAACAGCUGCAAAUCUAGCGAUGAAAAUGGCUUCCAUGUUUGGAGGCGACAGUGACGACGAGGACGAACCUGAGUGAGCCCGUUUCUAUCAUGUUUUGCUGAAGAUCAGCGUGAACCACAGUUAUGUCCUUUUGUUAGCACAACUCUAUCAUAAUUCGUUUCUUGUUCUGUGAAAGAUUCUGGCAGUAAUAGUCAGUUGCACGAUGUAAUGUGAAGCCAGUUAGCUAUUAUAGUUAUCUGGGCCGACAUGUUUUGGAUCUCAUUCAUGACUGUUUCAAUGUAGUCUCGGAGCUUUAUAAUACAACCUUAUACAAACAUCCUGGUUGGUAA